AUGAAUAAUCACAACGUCGUGGCCGUGCUGCUGCAGGAGUGCAAGCGAGCUGUGGACACGCUCCUGUCAGCCAAGGCUGACGCGGGCGAGGAAGACGAGCGGGAAUACCGGCGGUGCCAAGCUUUGCUUCCUGAGGACUUGAGGAGCCUUCUGGAGGAGGCGAAGGAAAUGAAGUGGCCCUUCGUGCCGGAGAAGUGGCAAUACAAACAAGACGUCGGGCCAGAAGACAAAACAAACCUGCAAGAUACGGUCAGCGCGAGGCUCCCCGAUUUGCUGGUUUACCUGAAAGCCUCCAUCGUGGUCAAGGACUGCGUGACGGCAGCUGCCGUCGUGUUCCUGAUCGACCGGUUCCUCUACUGGCUCGACGCCUCCAGCCAACUUCUUCGGAUCGCCAAGGGGCUGCACAGGCUGCAGCCUGCCGUGCCCAUCAGCCCUCAGGUGCUCAUCCGCCAAGCUCGCCUCGCCGUCAACGCAGGUAAACUUCUAAAAGCUGAAUACAUCCUAAGCAGCCUUAUUAAUUCCAAUGGAGCAACAGGGACCUGGCGAUACGCUAAGGAAAGCGAUAGGAUUCUCGUUCAGUCGGUCUGCUUACAGAUCAGAGGACAAAUACUGCAAAAGCUUGGGAUGUGGUAUGAGGCAGCAGAGUUGAUUUGGGCUUCAGUUGUGGGCUAUUUCAGCCUUCCUCAACCAGAUAAAAAGGGAAUUGCUACUUCCUUGGGUAUUAUGGCAGACAUCUUUGCUUCCAUGAAUGAGAUGGAUUAUGUGCGGUUUAAAACCAACGCUGAGAUUGACCUGAGCCUUCUCCGAGAGUGUGGUCAUCGCUUGUUGUCAGCUGCUGAGGCCUGCAAACUAGCAGCAGCCUACAGCCAGUACACGCCGCUGUUUGUUCUCACAGCCGUGAACAUCCGUGGCGUGUGUUUGCUGUCUUAUAGUCACUCCAAAGACUGUCCCAAGGAAAAGAGAAAAUUCUACUUGUCCCAAGCCAAAGAAUCCUUCGAGAUCGGCCUCCUCACCAAGAACGAGAAGAGUCCCGUCACCAGCAAGCAGGAGCUGCACAGUUUUAUUAAAGCUGCUUUCUGCCUCGCCACCGUGCACCGAUAGCUCUUUGGGGAGAGCGAGAAGCUCCGUGAGGUGAGGCAGCUGUGUCGAGAAGCCCUGGGAAAACUGCAUUCCUACAGCGCUUCAUUUACAGAAGAGGAAGAGAAAGGAAAGCUCGCUGAGGAGAUCAUGGCUCUGAUUGCGACAGUCAAGAAGCACCUGCAAGUGGAAAGCUUCCCGAAUUCUGAUGCCAGCUCUUACGUUCCAGACAGUUAUAAAGGCACGGUGGAAAAAUCUAUCCUGCAAGGCAAAGCCGACUUUGAGAAAAUCCUUGCCAUGCAUUCUCAGCAUCAUCUGUCAGUGUGUGAGGUGUUUGAAAAUACUUGCAGGAUCCAUAAAACCACGCCAGGAGAAAGCCAAGGGGGAGCUUGUAUCACAGCCUUAAGAACAGAAACCAAGACAGCGGACACUGCAUGUACUACUGAGGAAAUAGCGUACCGGAGGAAAAUGCAGGAUUCACAGAGCAGCUCAGAGAAACUCAGUGGCCAGAGGAAUAAAUACAUGGGUUCCGACGUGAUGAAAAUUUCAUUCGAUGAGGAGACUGAGCCAUUAGAAAUAAUCAACGAUGAAACCGGCAUUUUCAGCAGACGGCAAAAUAGGAGUCAAAGCACUACUUCAGAGAGCUCUUGGUGCAAGCUCUCAAAAUCGAGUUACUCUUCCAGCUGGGAGGAACUGACCGGUAACAGCAGCCAAGAGUCUUCUGGGAAAGUGCAGCAGCAGGAAAAGGCCUCGCUGGAAGAGUUGUGUUGCACAACAGAAUCUGAUGAAAACGGUCAAGCUGCAGACUUGCGCUUGUUGACUGGCAGAGCCCAGCAUCGUUCUCCUCGAGAGCCCCUGCAGAGCUGUCGGGGAUCUCCUCAACCUUCCUCACAAGUAGGUACGCAUGUAGCUGGGAGGCUGGUAGAGAAGACGUCUCUUUGUGGAGAAGAGCUGCGGGAGGGAGGACACCGUGCAAACAGCUCUUCAGAAAAAAAUGCAAGGGAGGUGACCAAGGUGGUUCCUUCCCUCUCCACCCCUCGCUCUGUUCCUACCAGGCCUGAGGAGGAGGAGGAGGAAGAGAAGUCCUCCUCGGGCUGCAGGACCAAGGACAGCGGCGGGGAGGGCGGCAGUGGCGUCCCCGCGCCUCGGCCCCGCAGCCCCUUUGUGUGGGUCCCCCCAGAAGGAGAAACUGCAGAGAGCACAGAGGAUCCCUCGUUUGAGGCACGUCCCCCCACAAGUGAGGGCGUUUCUGUUCUAGCCACGAGCAUGGAGAUGAAAAUGGCCACAGACUCCUCUGUGCGUGACCAGCUGGGGAAAUCUGCCCUGGUGGGAAACGGAUCUCGCGUCGUGCCUGAAGUUGACACCCAAGCAGAAACAAUAGAUGAUACUGAAUUUGAUUUCGUUGCUAUUGGAGACUUUAUAAGCAAUGAUCCUAUGGCGUGUGUUCCAAAGGCUCAGUCAGCUCCCCACGCACCAACAGCUUUGCCCUCGGGCAGAAGAACAUCCAUAACCGAGCACUUUGACUGUGCCACUACUGAAGAAGAUGAAGAAAAGUCUCAGGACAUGGUGAGCAGCAAGAGACAAUCCAGUUCGUCUCUGAGUUUGUGGUGCAAAUCAGCACGGACACGCAGCAGUUCCCCUGAAGGUCUGUUUCAGAACCCAAGGCAAAGUGGGUUUGUCUUCAUGCCUGAGAGAACGAAGGAAGAAAUCCUCUACGCUCGAUUUCUGAGGGAAGAUGAUUACCUGCAGCUUCUGGCAGGGGUUGCGCAUAACUGGCUUGUCCAGAGACUGGCACCUACUGGAAUUUUUAAGGCUAAACAGCUGCGUAAAGAAUACUCUGCUCUUCUUUUAAAAUACUCAAAGAAAUCGGGCCUCUGGACAGGCCAAGAAACAGCCGUAUUCAUUGGGGACUACCUGAACGUGGCAAAGGAGGGCAAACAGAGAAGUGCAUUUUGGAUACACUUCCUGCACCAAGAAGAAAGCCUGGGAAGGUACAUUGGGAAAGAAUAUAAAGAAGAAAAGGGACUUCUCCACCAUUUCAGUGACGUGGAACGGCAAAUGACUGCCCAGUAUUACGUGACGGAAUUCAACAAGAGGCUGUAUGAGCAGAAGGUCCCUACUCAAAUCUUUUACAUCCCCUCUGCAGUACUCCUGAUACUGGAGGACAGAACUAUAAAAGGAUGUGUAAGUGUGGAGCCCUACAUCCUUGGGGAGUUUGUGAAGCUGUCCAAUAACACGAAGGUAGUAAAAAAUGAGUACAAAGCCACAGAGUACGGUCUGGCCUACGGCCAUUUCUCCUAUGAGUUCUCCAACGGCACAGACGUUGUUGUUGAUCUGCAAGGUUGGGUGACAGGUAACGGGAAAGGCCUCAUCUACCUCACGGACCCCCAGAUUCAUUCUCUUAACAGCAAAGAUGUUUCACGCUCCAACUUUGGGAAGAAGGGAAUCGAUUACUUCUUUCAUAAUCAGCACGUGGAGUGCAACGAAAUCUGUCGCCGCCUUUCUUUAACAAGACCCUCAGCAGAUCUCCCAAU